GUACUUGAAAGGGGUCUCCGUGCCAAAAAACCCAAGCCCUCCUUGAUGCCCUUUACUUUUACCAACCCUGCCAGUCCAGCCGACAUUUGCCACCCAUUGAAACUUGAUGGCGACCUGGAAUUUGAACUACUGGAACAACUUGCUUACCAACAGCAAGAACCAAUGAAAGAACAGGAAAAAAAGAAAGAUGCUAAGUCCACACAAAAUAACUUUCUUGUCGCUACCACACCAGUAUCUAAGAAGAAGGUACUGACAGUAGUGAGGGACCACGGAACUUUGACCGGUAACUUUAGUCCUGAGAGACCAGUCACCGACCUGCUUCACCUUCUCUUCCUGUACCCGGUAGUUAGAAACUAUGUUGAGAACAAGGAAAUGUCAAAUUAUGUUGAGAACAAGGGAAUGUCAAAUUAUGUUGAGAACAAGGAAAGAUCUGUCGUUCCAUACCAGAUGUCAAAACCAAUCUUCGACAUCAACUCGACCAACACCAUUUCAACCGUCACAGAAAUGUCGCGCCAGAGUAAAUCGGAAGCAAGUAGUCCCGAACUUGAGUUUCCAGUUCGACUUCCGAUCAUGCCCGCACCCAAAAGUGUUCUUUUUAACACGGAAGAGGAUGCCAAACAUUGUAGCGCAUGCGCAUUUGGGAAUACGGCCACUUCAGAUUUCAUUCGCCAGGAAGAACGUGCAGAUAAGGCGAUGAACAGACUCCGGGAUGAAAUAAGGAGUCUGAAAAAACAAAUACAGCAUGCAAAAACACAAAAGAAACUGAUGGCGAAGCAAAAGGAUAUUAAAUUCCGCGCGGCCAUGGAGAGGAGGACAGUUCUCGAAAAAAGCGUUCUGUCACUGAAGACAGAGCUCCGGGAGGUAAAGCAGGCAGUGACGGAAUCGGUAAUGAAGGUUCAAUGGACACUGAAACCAGGGUCACUGUCUGACAAAUACCUGAUGGAUGCUUUCCAACUUCUACAGCAGAGAGGCUACAAACUUCUGGUCGACAAUGAGGGAGGCAAGCACGCUCUCGUAGAUUUGUCCCAGGGUACCAGCCAAGAGGAUGGAUGGAUCACAAGGAGUCCCAAGAGAAUUUCGCGCAUGCGUACAGUCAUAGGAAACCAAUCGGCAACCAUACAGAACCUUGUCGCUGCUGUGAUUGCUCAGCGUCAAAGCAUCUCUCGUCACGUGACUACUAUGCAAGAUCUGAGACAACAAGUGGCGACUUUCGAAAACGCCAACAAAGAUAAAGACAGAAGGAUAGUAGAAAUCACCAGGCGUGUUCGCGUCCUUCUAAGCGCCCGCAGCAAGGAUCUCACCAACGAGUGGCGCCUCUUCGCCAGGAAAAUACAGGAACCUGCCGAGUCUGUUGUAGUCAAAUCAAAAGUAGCAUCCAAAAAGGUUGAACAUAAGAAAGGAAGGGCUUCCUCUGGUGUUUCCAAACAGGUAGCUAAAUUUGCACCCUACACCUUCAAGAAACCCGAGGACACGUCUACUCCCGUGCAGACUGACGCCUCAUCUGUAGAAUACGAUCAGUCUGCCUUGUCCCAAACCGCCUAUGUCAAUGAGAAAGCUACAAAGACCAAGGUUAUUAGAAGAAAGAGGCCACACAUUUCUGUAAAAUUAUGCAACACGUGCGGACAAUCUUUCGGACCAGAAGUCUCGGCUCAUGUGAUCGAAGAACAUCUCCUUUUCCAUGAGCGAUUUGGUCAGAAGAAGAUUUUCAUGUAAAAUCAACCAGCUCAUACUAAGAACUACCAUACCAUCAUUAUCACCAGCAUCUUCAAAUAGAUAUAGGUUCUGUCAUUUAUAUUUUUACAUGGAGAUACCAUCAGCUUCAACACGAUUUCAAGAACCUUUAGUAACUGAUAUAUAAUAUGACUUUACAGUUUUCUGUAAAAUUCGAUAUAUUUGCCAUCAAUGUCAAGAACUACAUGUUUUAAAAAUUGCUCCAUGUUUCAGAAAAAAUUCCGGCUAUUAACCAUCUAGCUAAGGGAUAACCGUAGAAGAUCUAUUAAGAUAGCAUCACCUUCAUUUCCGCAAAAAAGAAUUAACCAAUUUUGCACAAUGAGAUCAACUAUGGUUAAAUGCAUGUGUAUAAAACAAAUAAAAACACACAUCAAAUUCAAAGUUUUCAGUUUUUCUGUCA